AUGUAUUAUCAUGAUAUUACUGUUUUGAGUUUGUAUCACCAAGCUCAAGGUGGAGAGAAUGUCGCAACCACGAUCAAAUUGCAUGAGAGAUUCUGGAAAUCCAAUAUAAGAAGUGUUGUGCCAGAGGAAGAUUCCUCCACGGAAGGAGAUGUGUCUGUUUUGGGCCUUGUAUGGCAUACAGUUACAGAUACCUUAUCUUGCAAAAUAAGUCAAGAUAUAAAAUUGGAUGACCCAGUUACUAAAAGACUAGUUUUAGCAGUAGCUCAUCAGGUGUUUGACGUUAUAGGGUAUACGGCUCCUGUAAUGUUGAUUCCAAAACUAAUUUUACAGGAAACUUGGAAUUUAAGGCUUAAAUGGGACGAUGUUCUUCCCGAUGAAUUAACCAAAACGUUUAAGUUUUGGCUUAAAAAGUUGUACUUGCUAUCCAAUAUCCAAAUACCUAGAUGGGUAGGUCUCAAAUCUAUUAAUGAAGCUGUCAGUAUACAUCUAUUUUGUGACAGUAGUAAAAGUGCGUAUGGUGCAUGCGUCUUUUUAAGAGUACAGAGUGGCAAAAAGGUGAAGGUUAGUUUGAUACACGCAAGAUCGAGAGUAGCUCCUUUAAAACCUAUUACGAUUCCUCGAUUAGAACUUCUUGCUUGUAAUAUUGGUUCUAGGUUAUUGUCUUCAGUUGUUAAUGAUAUUGGCCUACAUGAAGUUCGUAUUCAUUGUUGGACUGACUCCUCGACGGCUUUAAGUUGGAUACGGCGAAAUCAACGUUGGGGAGCAUUCGUUUUUAAUCGUGUACAGGAAAUCAGGUCGUUGACCUCCCCCACUGUAUGGCGACAUGUCCCUGGUAGUCUCAAUCCUGCUGACCUACUUUCUAGAGGUUGUUAUGCAGAUCAAUUAAUAGAACGAAAAUGGUGGGAGGGACCUGAUUGGUUACGGGAAGAUGAGGCAAAUUGGCCUAAAUCUAAUGAUGAACCAGAUGAGGAUUUGGUCGUGCUUCUCUUGGUUAUGAAGAGUUACUCACCUGUCUUGUGUGAUUGUGAAAGAAUUGUCAACUCAAGACCACUUACGUACGUGUCUGACGAUAUUGAAGAUCCCUUGCCUUUAACUCCAGAAAAAUUUCUGCAUGAAACUCCACAGUCGGGUGUACCUGAUAUUGACAAUGUGGACAAAGAAAAAUUGAGUAGAAGAGCGAAGUAUCUCCAGAGAAUGAGAGAAUUGUUAAGA